CGAUAGGAAAUGUGGUGAAAAUGAAAAUUUCUGAUUUCAAAACUAUGACAAUGAUUCUAGAACUCUUGUACUGAUAGAGUAAUCCACGAGUCCUGUACUUCGUAUUAAUAAAUGAUCGUGCCUUUACAUUCUAGUUAUUUUGAUGUGACCGGGCAGAAUAUUUUACGAUAAUAUAACCCUUCCAUGCAAAUUGAAGGCAGGCGUGCGUGACAUCAUUCAGGAAGCCAAUCUAGUGGUGUGACUGACAGCACCCACACGGAAGCCAUUUGUUUUCGUCACAGUCCUGCCUAAGUAAAAUAUCUCAAUGUAAUGAAUGUAAACAAGCUGCGCAUUCUAAGCCCUCCUUAAUUCAAGCUGAGGUGUUGAUUGACUCGGUGGCAUUUCCACGAACGACGGCUCAUUAAGUAUAAAAUCACCUCCACGACAGACGUUUUAGAAACAAACUUGGAGAAGUAAGGUUAAGCAACCGGCCAAUCAACGACAUGGCGACUUUAAAUGGGUUUUCGGCGAUUUUUGCCUUACUUCUUAUAGCAGUGAAUUCUCAAGAACUGGUUAAAGAACAAUGUACUCAGAAAUCAGACGUCGCCUUCGUCAUAGACUCCUCGGGAAGCAUCGCCCGAAGAAAUUUCCAGAAGGAAAAAGAAUUCGUGAAGGAAGUGGCGUCCACCUUCAAGAUGGGUCCCGAUCAAUCUCAAAUCGCCGUCAUCUCGUACAGCGACGACGCUCAAAUCGACGUCAAAUUCGGCGAAUACUCGAACGUCAACGACUUCAACGCUGCCGUCGACAGUGUAAAGCAUCAACGGAAACGCACGCGAAUCGACUUAGCUCUAGAUCUUGCUGCCACCAGUCUCUUCACUCCCGAAGGGGGAGCCCGUCCGAACGUUGCCAAGGUGAUGGUCAUCCUGACGGAUGGCAAGCAGACCAAUAUGACAGGUUCGAAGACGCUUGAUGUAGCGGUGCGCCCUCUGCUGGACAUCAAUGUGACGAUUUUUGCGGUUGGUGUGGGCAGUGCUAUCGACAUCAACGAGUUGUUACUCUUGGUGGGAAACAACGAAGAAAACUUGUUCAGAGCUCAGAACUUCAAUGAGUUGGCUAAAGACAGUCUCCGUUUGGCUUCUCAAACAUGUCAGAGGAUCAAGCCUCCUACAGUUCAUGGUGACUGGUCCGUCUGGGCUGAGUGGGGUGACUGUUCCCAGUCAUGUGGCGGUGGUGUUCAGGGACGCCGGCGAUCGUGUACAAAUCCACCUCCCAGCAAUGGCGGACGGGAUUGCCCUGGAAAAUCAACGGAGUUGCAGAGCUGCAACACCCGAGGGUGCCCAGUGAAUGGAUCCUGGAGUGAAUGGAGUGAUUGGGGUUCCUGCAGUCUCACCUGUGGUGAAGGUGGAAUCAAGAAGCGCUCACGAGCCUGUACCAAUCCUCCACCGGCCAACGGUGGACUGGACUGCGGAGGACCGCAGGAAGAAACGAGUGAAUGCAACGUUAUAGCUUGCCCAGUGGACGGAAGGUGGAGCGAAUGGCAGAAAUGGAGCGCGUGCACGAGAUCGUGUGGCACUGGAAUACAAACAAGAGCACGGACAUGCGACAGUCCACGACCAGCUCACGGGGGCAAGCAGUGUCCGGGAUCCAGCGGAGAGACACGUUUUUGUAACACUAAUGAUUGCCCAGUCGACGGAAAAUGGAGUGGGUGGAAACCAUGGGGACCAUGCACAAAAUCUUGUGGUGGUGGAUCACAGACCAGCUCGCGCACGUGCACCAAUCCUCCUCCGACCAAUGGUGGGGAGGAAUGCAGAGGAGAGAAUGAACGAUCACGCGAUUGUAAUACUCAGCCUUGUCCUGUCGACGGGAAAUGGAGUGCCUGGGUCGAGUGGAGUAUAUGCACGACUUCCUGCGGCUUAGGGACACAGAGAAGAUUCCGUUCUUGUUCCAAUCCCCGCCCGACCUAUGGUGGACGAGAGUGCAUUGGGUCACGUAUUGAAACAAGAAAUUGUAAUAGCGGCUCGUGCCCAGUGGACGGUCUUUGGAGUAAUUGGGAAGAGUGGGGUACCUGUACAAAGUCGUGUGGUGGCGGAGUUCAGAGACGAGUACGGAGCUGCACAAAUCCCCCGCCUGCUAAUGGAGGCAGGGACUGCCUAGGACAAAGAGAACAGACACAAAUCUGCAAUCAAAAUGCCUGCCCAGUUGACGGUGAGUGGAGCAGCUGGGCAGAAUGGACGGCCUGCUCCAGAACAUGCGGCAUUGGUGAGAAGAAACGUUCCCGAACGUGUACGAACCCACGACCAGCAAAUGGAGGUAAAGACUGUCCAGGAGCUGGAGAUGAAACUCGAGAAUGCAGCAAUAGAAUUUGUCCAGUGGAUGGCGAAUGGAGUGAUUGGAAAGAUUGGUCACCAUGUUCGACCACGUGUGGAACUGGAACACAGGAACGUGAGCGCACGUGUACCGAGCCACGCCCAGCUUUUGGCGGGAAAGAUUGCGUUGGUGUUAGUCGGGAGAGCAAAUCAUGUCAAGGAAUACCCUGUCCAGUGGACGGCGGAUGGACUGAUUGGGAAGACUGGACACUGUGUUCGCGGACGUGUGGGACUGGAUCGCAGGAACGUGUGCGUUCUUGUACCAAACCACGACCAGCUUUUGGCGGGAAAGAUUGCGCUGGUGUCAGUAGGGAAACCAAGUCGUGCCAAGCGAGAGCUUGUCCAGUUGAUGGACAGUGGAGCGAGUGGAAACAGUGGACUGAAUGCACCAGAACUUGUGGUGGUGGAAUUCAAACACGUGCUCGCACGUGCACAAGACCCAGCCCCGCCCACGGUGGAAAAGAUUGUUUCGGUCGCGGAGAUGAGACUAGACCAUGUGGCACUGACUCUUGCCCAGUGGAUGGCAACUGGUCGGAGUGGACAGAAUGGAGAGAAUGUUCCAGGACUUGUGGCGGCGGAUUCCACUCACGCUCUAGAACCUGUACCAAUCCCCCACCCCGGCACGGCGGAAAAGAUUGCUCUGGGAAACCCGAUGAAACUCGUCCCUGUAGCACUCAGUCUUGUCCAGUGGAUGGCCAGUGGAGUAGCUGGACCGUUUGGACGGCAUGCUCAAAAUCAUGUGGUAAAGGCGAGCAAAAGAGAACUCGUACCUGUACAAAUCCACCACCAGCCCAUGGAGGAAACCAAUGCACUGGUCAAGCUCAACAGACGCAGGGUUGUAACGCUCAGUCUUGUGCAGGGUGCUCUGAAAUCGCUGACAUUGCCUUCCUGGUGGAUGCAUCCGAAAGCAUGACAAAGAAAGACUUUGAAAAGGAGAAAGAAGUUAUCAAGAAAAUUGCCGCCACUUUCGACGUCGGUAAAACCAAAUCCCACCUCGGGCUCAUCUCAUUUAGCACCGACGCGCACAUUCGCGUAAAGUUUGGGGACUAUUUGGAUCUGCGCAGCUUUCAGGACGCCGUCGACAAGAUUCCAUUUGCAGCCGGUGGCACGCGCUUUGACAAGGCGUUUGGCGAGGCGGCCAACGGGCUUUUCUCUCCCAAUGGAGGAGUUCGUCCUGAUCUUCCCAAAGUUAUGAUUAUCCUUACUGACGGCAAGCAGAGCGCUGAUUACGAUGCUAUACCGAUUGAGAGGUCCGUACUUCCAUUACGCCAGCUUGGCGUGCGUAUCUUCGCGUUGGCGAUUGGGAGUCAAGUCGACAUGAAUGAACUGCGACAAAUGGUGAACGACCCCAAAGAUAUUAGCGCUUUUAAAGAUUUUGAUGAUCUUUUAGAUGACGUCAAAAAAGUUGGAAACGAGACUUGUGAAAUCAUUAAGCGACCAGAGGUGCUGUGCGUCGAAAAGGCUGAUGUAGCAUUCCUCAUGGACGCGUCCGAAAGCAUGACAGAGGAUGACUUUGAGAAGCAAAAGAGCUUCGUAACAAAAGUCGCCGAGUCUUUCCACAUGGCUCCCAAGACGACUCAGUUCGCAUUGGUGACUUACAGUAGCAGUGCAAUGUUGCACAUCCGGUUCAGAGAUCACUUGAAUCAAGACACUUUCAACAAAGUUGUAAAACAGCUCCCAUUCGCUGCCGGAGGAACACGAUUCGACAAUGCCCUCAAACUCGCAGCAGAGGACGUUUUCACCACGGAAAGCGGUGCGCGGCCGGGCGUUCCGAAAGUCAUGAUCAUCCUUACAGACGGGCGACAGAGCCAAGAUUACGAUGCCAUACCUCUUCAGCAAGCCGUCCUACCACUGCACCAAAUGUCAGUGCAAAUUCACGCGAUAGCCAUUGGCAGUCAAGUGAACCGGGUAGAACUUCGCAAAUUGGUACGGAAUGAGGAGGAUAUCUUUAGCAUAAAGGACUUUGAUACCUUGGUGAACAAGUCUCGACAACUGGCCAGUAAAACUUGCAACAUUAUCACCCGUCCCCCUCCAGUUGUGAAAUGUUCCGAAGAUGCCGACCUUGCCUUCGUCGUCGACACAUCAGGCAGCAUCAGUGAUAAGAACUUUCAAAAGCAAAAAGACUUCGUUAAAGUUCUCGCCUCUUCGUUCGACCCCAUCUUAGCGGAACACCAACUUGGCUUAAUAUCAUACAGCAGCAAUACCCAGAUGGAAGUAAGCUUUCAAGACAAAGCCGAUCGAAAAGAAUUCGAACAAGCCGUGGACCGUAUCCCUCAUACCAAGGGUCGAACACGUUUAGACAAAGCCUUAGAGCUUGCGUCCUCUCGACUGUUCACUGCUAGCGGAGGUACCCGUUCGGGGAAACGCAAGAUCAUGAUAAUACUCACGGAUGGUCGGCAGAGUCAGGACCCGGAUACUGUUCCCCUUAAGGAUGCUGUACUUCCCUUGAGGCAGCUGGGAGUACGGAUCUAUACAGUGGCCAUCGGUGACGAAGUGGAUCUGAAGGAGCUGUACCAAGUCACGGAACGAAACGAAGAUGUGUUUCCGGUCAGCGAUUUUGAUGACUUGGCGAACAUGGCAAACGACAUUGCGUUGAAUACGUGUCGUGUUAAAGCUCCAUCGCAAGGUCAAUGCAAAGAAUAUAUCAACUUAGCAUUUGUGAUGGACAUGUCGAGCAGCAUCACCUCCAAAAACUACCCAAAAGAAAAAGACUUUGUCAAGAACGUCGCAGACACGUUUUCCAUCUCGCCAACCAAGACAGAUGUCGGUGUCGUCACGUACAACCGAGAUGCCAAACUGUGGAUCAGUUUUGGACAGUACAACAACAACGAAGAUUUCAAAAAGGCUGUCGACCUGAUACCUUACUGGGGUGGCUCAACGCGCAUCGACAACGGCCUAAAAAUGGCCUCCGUUGAGCUUUUUGGCAACAUCAAAGGCGAGCGCGCCAAGCUUCCUAACGUGCUUAUUCUGCUCACGGAUGGCAAGCAAAACUCGGAUCCUCGAGCGACACCCUUGGAAGAAGCUGUUCUGCCGCUGUUUCAACUCGGUGUCAAGGUGUUUGCUGUUGGCGUUGGAGAUGAGAUUUCUCGCGAUGAGUUGAGAUUGAUUGUCGAAAAGGACCAAGACAUCUUCACAGUGGACGAUUUUGAUGACUUGUUGGCGAAGUCUCAUCAAAUUGCCCGCGCAGCAUGUGACGAAGUGAAGGCAACUGAACUCUCUUUACAAGGACUAGCUGGGACGUACCAAUCCUGUUUCAAAAAUGUCGACAUCGGUUUCGCCAUAGACUCCUCAGACAGUGCCACGUCAGAGGACUACCAACAACAGAAACAACUAGUCCAGCGACUCUCUUCUUAUUACGAUGUCUCCAAACAGGACACCAGGGUCGGUGUUCUCUUAUACAGCGACAAGGCCUUCACUACUGUCGGAAUGAACAGCUACAGGGACUCUUCCAUUCUCAGACGAGCCGUGGGUGCUUUACCUCAUCUCGGCGGAGGCAACAGAAAAGACAAAGCACUGGUGACUGCCAGAAGGAUGUACAAGGCUAGACGACCAUCUGGAUCUGCACAGGCUACCAAAGUUUUGGUUUUUAUCACCGAAGGUGCACAGUCGGGUGUAGCAGCUGAUAUGCUUCCUCUUGAACAUGCCGUUCACCCGCUCAGAAAGCACGGAGUCCGAGUAAUCGUGGUAGGGGUUGGGCGCCAGGUAUUGUAUCAGGAACUGAGGAGCAUUGCCCAAGAUCCUAAUGAUAUUUACUUGACAUCGUCAUUGGACGACGUGGAAAAAGUAACGAGGGCGCUGAUGAAGAUCAUUUGUAAGUCCUAAGAUGACGCACGCAACAGACAAUGUCAAGUGCCGAGUGGAUUUCAUUCACAUCUGCUGGCGAUUGGCCGGGACUGGACAUUGCUCACAAAGUGAUAACAUUGAUCCAUUUAGAACUGAAAAUACAUAUGUGGAUUAGAAGCUCUGAACUAGUGUCAACCAUAUUGCUACGAAACGCUUCGCAUCGCGCCAUUCGGAUGGAAGGUCUCGAUUAGUUUACUUAUUCACAUCGUUUUGUUGGUUUUCUAAACUUCUUAGCCAAUCAGCCAAUUAAGUUUCUCCUCUUCUGGAAUAAAGUCAAGCAAUGGAGAAAACCAACAUACUGAUGUCUUAAAUCAAUCAAAACUUUUAAAUCGACUGGAACGGUACCUCGUGUUUUAACUUGUAAAUUGUAGACCGUCGUUACCAAUUUCCAAAUAGAUGCAAUCUGCGAAUACAAGCAGAUUUUCAGUAGAACUGAAAGACGUUACACUAUUAUUUAUAAAACAAAGUAAGGGUUAAAUAAUGUUGAGAUCAUGAGAGAACUUUUAAUAAAAUUAUAUAACAACAGAAGUAAAUUACCAUUGUAUUUCAUUUCCUUUGUACUUGUCUAGCUAUGUAUUACAUGUAGAAGCAAAACGACCGUCUGAUUGCAUUGUAUCUCUGCGACUUAUUAGUUAACAUAACCGUAAGAGCAUUUUUGAACACGAGUGUCGCCAGUUUGCUUUGGUUUUAGAUUACCACGAAGCGACUGGCUUAAAAUGCCUUUGCCACUUUGUCAGCCAAUCAGAACUGAGUAAAACCAAAACCAAUCGUGACUCGCUCGCACCGUUUUCCCGCGCAUUGCGUCGGCUACAUGUCUUUGCUUCGAGUUUUGAUUGGUUCGCUGGAUUGGCAGUGUACCUUGUGACUGGCAAGAGUGAUUACUCCGGUUUUGGUUACAAGACACUCUAAUUGGCUUUCUGUGGGGAUUAUCCCGGGGGAUGAUCUGAUUGCAUAUGAAAUAGCACCUCUGCCAAAUUCAAGAGAAUCGAAUUUCAAAAUAAGAAAAUAUAUGUUAAAAUUUCAGAAAAUUUUACAACCCACACUGAUGGACAAGACGGUUCAUUAGCUCUGAACAAGAUUUUCUCUCGCUCUUAAAGAUGACCAGUUCGUCUGCAAACGUUUAAACCAUUUUAGAUAUUCAAGAAAUUCUAGAAUGAUAAUUUAUCCCCGGCGAUACCAACGAUCACUAAUCAUUCACUGCAGUAACUUUAAGAAGUUAAGGAAAUUUUUUACACGAAACAUGGCUUUGACAGGUAAUAUAUAUUACAGAAGUGUUAAAAAACAAGCCACUCAAAUACUUAAAAAUAAUUUACAGAUACAAUGCAAUGGGGUUUUGAAUAAUUUGUACUUAUAAUUAAUAUCGGACAGGCUUUUUGUUAAUAAUGUAAAAGUACGAGAAUAAAGAAUAUAGAUAUUUGAACCAAACCUGCACUUCUUUUUUAUCCAAAUAUUGCACAUGGGAGUGUGCACACAAGAUUCCUGUCUAAAUAGGCUAUUUCGGAGCUGGGUUUUGUCUAAACGAGUCUUCGAGCGAAAAUGUGUUCCCGCUACAGGGUAAAUUUCAUGCGAAGGUUUUGCACGAAGACUGGUUUCGAAACAGUGGCACAAGGUAGAGUGUAAUGGCAUAUUUUAGCCUCAUUACACCCACCCACCUCGUCGCGAAAGCCCCAGGCUACGAUAUAUUUUGGUGAAUGUACAGUUGCCACCCAAAUAACGCUUGCCGCCCGGCUAAAUAACACUCACCGCCCGGCCAAAUAACUCUUGCCGUCCGCCUAAAUAACACUCACCGCCCGGCCAAAUAACUCUUGCCGCCCGGCUAAACAACACUUACCGCCCGGCCAAAUAACCCUUGCCGCCCGGCCAAAUAACUCUUGCGGCAGAACUAAAUAAGCCUUGCCGCCAAAAUAACACUAGUACAUAUUGCAUGCCUUCGUUUUAAUUGGUUAUUCCUCUCAUCUUUAGCGUUUCAGGAAUAGACUUCUUUAAUUAGCUUGGGCGGUUUAUUGCCCCAUUUCAGACCAUGUGACGAUACUCUUGAGAAUUCUCGCUUUAAAGAACAAUACUCCAGAGAAUAUCACGUGGUCUGUCGUUAGAAAGACAGACAGACUACCCCGGGUGGAGGAGGGGGAAUGGAAGAAACUGUUACCGCCCGACAAACUGACCGCCUAGACACGAAACUCUGCGCCUAAAUGACGCUCGUACGUAUUGUAUGCCUUAGUUAUUAUGGGAAUUCCUCUCAUCUUUCGCGUUUCAUGAAUUUGUUGAUGAGAAACCUAACAGGCUUGUCUAUCAGUAGACAAGGAAACUACGAUUGCCAUUGCUAAGAUGCCAGGGACUUAAAUGCAGGAAUGUUGAAACAAUGCCACAGUUUUAAUUAAUGACAUAUUUUAUUCAAAAAAUUCAUACAAUUUUUAUAAAUAAACACUGAAUUCUGGUUGCAAGCAAACUUGGGAAUGAAUAUGCAAGAACCAUUUUUAUACACGAUUUUUCAAAUUCAACAAUAUUUAAAGCUCUAUUUUUGCAAAUGUUGGAACAUUCACAUUUCUCUUGGCCAUGCUGGCGAAAUAUUAUUUCAAAAAUUUUGGCAAACAUUUGCCAAACUUAAAUUUCAAUACAAUUAUUUUAAAAAAAUGUUAAAAAAAAACCUAAUCUACAAUGAAGCUUAAUUUGUAAAGUAUAACUAUCAAUAGCAAUGGGAACAAGAAAACAAGAUAAUCUUUUUGGUAGAACAAUGAAGAUUUCUGGAAGAUUCAGAGCAAUCAUCUGAAUGUAAAUUGAAGCUUACUGUCACACAAAAAUGCUUUGCAAGGGAGUCAAACUGUCUUUUCUUGGUCAAAUUCGUGGUUAAGCUUUCUCCUUUCUCUCAAAGAAUGUGGCAGGCAGCAUGCCACUUUGCACACCUACACUCUCUACAGGCCCUUCAGAAGGUACAAAGUAAGCUUCAUCUGCAGCUGGGACCUGUGGGCAUAUUCAAAUUGGACGAAGACGGCCUUGGAGAAAGGAGAGAACCCACCAACGAUAA